AUUGGGUCAAUGAUAAAACUUUACAGCACAAGCGGUAUGUUCCGAUCGGUAUCGAAAACUAGCGACCAGCACGCAAUAGCCACCACUUUUGCCCCAUACAUUGUUCAGCACGUUCGUCCUUCACGGCAGACGGUUUCUUCCAGCGAGAACAACACCAUGCGGUACAUCAUUCUGUGGCUUUCCGUUCUGUUCAGCAUAGCAAAUGCUAUUUUUGUGGUGGAGGUUAACCGGCUGUUUAAAUCCUGCGAGGACCCGGGCAAGCCCGCACCAUUCCCGUUGGAUUUCUCCAAGAUGCAGCUCUAUCGUUCCGAGGACGAGAAGCUCGUUAUGAAUGGUGAGGUGAAAUUUACCCAGCACAUCUAUCCACCGUGGGGCAUAUCAAUAUACACCCAUAAGCUGGAUCACGGUGAGUGGCUACCAACGCCGUACACCAAGAGUUCGUUUAAUCUUUGCAUGUCGAUGCACGCCAAUACCGAAAUUUGGUAUCCCAUCACGAAGCACAUGAACCAAACCAGUUGUCCUUACCGAAAGGGGCACGUCGAAAAGUUCGAUAUGGUCGAUCUGGGAAGCUUCGGGUUUGAUGAAGUGCUGGGCGAUCUUGUUGGGGAUUGGAGAGUUUUCGUCGAUUUCAGCUUAGGAACGGUUCCACACAAGGUGCAGAUUUCGUGCAUAAUGAAUGAAGUUUCCAUACUGGAACAUUGACGUGUACCAGCGUGAAGAAGAGGUGGAGUAUCUACCGAGUGGAGUAUGAGAGCUUUGAAGAAAAGCUGAAGCACAAAUAAAUGUUUUGUAUUGGGAGAAGAAGUCCAUAUUUAAUCAAAAUAAAUAAGCUUGCAAUGUUUUCAUCG